AUGAAGAUUCAAGGUUUGAAUAAGUUUUUGGGAGAUUUGGUCGAGCCUUAUGUGCCAUCUACAGGAGUGAUACAGCUGCUAUCUGCAGAUAAUCACUCAGGAACCGGUCCUCGAAAUACUAUGGACUGGGAGAUGUUGAAUGAUCAAGCAGAAAACCUCAUGAGCAACUACGAACAGACACAUCGAGGUGAAGACAUAGAAGAGGCCAUCCGAAUCCUUUCAGCGUGGUACAGUGGCUUGCCCUCUGGCAGUCAAAAUCACGCUGCUUGCGCCAACAGCCUCGGUUUCGCAUUCUAUAUGCGUCUCCAGCAUUUGAAUAGUAUUGCCGACCUUGAACAAGUUGUACAUUACUGGAGUAUAGUUUUAGAAUCAUCGACUUCUGGAUCACCACAUUACGUCCCUGUGGUGGUUAACUUGGGAGGAAUGCUUCGUAGGAGAUUUGAGUGUCAUGGAAAAUUCGAGGAUAUCGAACAAGCCAUUAUGAUGUAUAGCGUCGCCACCUCCAGCUGUCCUCCAGAUAGCCCAUAUCGUCACAACCUCCUCAACAAUUAUGCUCUCGCAGUUUUUAGUCGGUUUGAGCAGACCGGAGACCCACAAGACCUGGAUCUCUCGAUUCAAACCCACCAAGAAUGUCUGUCGCUGCGACCACCUGGCCACUCAAGCCAUUGUUUGACUCUGUCGAACCUUGCCUUUGCAAUCUGUGCUCGCUAUCUUCAUAGAGGAAACAUGGAUGAUUUCACCAGUGCAAUGGCCUACCACAGCAGAGCGUUGGAACUUUGUUCGCCCUCAAGUCCAUCUUACCCAACAAUUCUCAUGACCAUGGGACUCUUGUUGCGUUAUUCAUUCCAGUGCAAUGGGGACUUGCAGAACUUGAAUACAGCAAUAAAUUUUUAUAGCGUUGCACUGACAACUUGUCCUGACAAUGAUCCGACACGAUUAUCCCUCCUCACCAACUAUGCGGGCGAUGUCAAUGUCAGAUUUACGCAGAAUGGAGAUAUCAAUGACCUCAAAUAUUCAAUCGAGCUCUAUACCAACUCCUUAGCCAAUCAGUCCUCCACACAUGCACAUCGCUUCUCCACCCUCCGUGGUCUCGCGAUCGCUCUAAUGAGUCGCUUCAAGGUUUACGGCGUUCCUGAGGAUCUUGAUCUCGCUAUAACACACAUAGCAUCUUCCAUGGCUUUGUGCAUACCCUCGCACCCAGAACAUAUGCCUGUACUUAUGGUCUGGAUCAAUUGCCUUAUCCUGCGCUACAAAACGCGUGGGGAUAUCGCUGAUCUCGAUGAUGCUGUCAAGCACUCUGAGGCAGCCCGAUAUUUCCAUGAAGGGGGCAUGAACACCCUGGAGCACAUCAUUUCAUUUUAUCGGGACAUAAUGCAAGAUUUAUCUAGAGGUCAUCAAGCCUUUCCCCGUGUUCUGUUUCGACUAGCAUCUGCACUCCAAGCUCGCUUUGAGCAAGGAGGGAACGCAGAUGAUCUUAAUUGCGCAGUCAAUCACUAUCGCACGGCAUGCGAGAUGUGCCCUCCUGGUCAGGAUGACCACUGUGUUACCUUCUCGGGUCUCGGAAAUGCUCUCAUGCUGCGAUAUCAAGUCUUCGGCCCCCUGGAUGAUCUCGAUGAAUGCUUAGUUCACCUAGCUCACGUUGUUGAAACCCAUGCUUUGGCUACCUACCAUCCAGACUAUCCCAAUGGUACCGUUGCCCAGACGUAUCAGGUUGUUUUUGGAAUUUUCAAUUUUAGUGUGAGAUACUUUUACGCCGUUUUACCGUCACGUGACGUCCGGAUUCAGCCGGAUUUCUGGAACCCCUCUGCUUUUGGGCAGGCAAGUCUUUCUGCAUGUGAAUCCACGACAAACAAACAAAUCUAUGAGGAGGACAGUGCUAGUGCUAAGAGACAGAACUUCGAAGCUAGUUUGUGUGUGUGUGUGUGGGGGGGUGGUGAAAUGUCUGUUGUGAUUGUUAGUGCUGCUGUGGUCUGGUUCGGUCCGGUUCACAGAGGGUCGAGCGAGAACCAAGAACUGGACCUAGGUCUGGUUCUACCAGACUCGACGAACCUCGAACUGGACCUUGGCAAAUGGUUCAGAAUGGUCAGGUCUGGUCAUUUUCAGGUUUGA